UCUUUCUGGGGUAAAUGUCGGCGUGUUUAUGCGGAGUCACGGCGCGGCCACUCUUUCCAGCAUUACAUAAGCUCCGGCCGUCAGUCCGCGCGCCGCCGCAGUCUGCGCCCCGCUGCUCUUCGCGUGCCAAAGCCCGACCGACCGUCCGGCGCCUCAAUGGCGGAAACGGAGGAGAGGAGCCCGGAAGGAGUGAAAUACUACCGGCUGUCAGAGAUCGAAGCGCAAAACUCCUUCAAGUCUACGUGGAUAAUCAUUCACCAUAAAGUCUACGAUGUGACCAAGUUUCUGGAUGAGCAUCCUGGAGGGGAGGAGGUCCUGAGGGAGCAGGCGGGGGGCGAUGCCACUGAGAGCUUUGAGGACGUCGGACAUUCCACCGACGCCAGAGAAAUGGCCAGCGGCAUGGUGAUCGGCGAGCUGCAUCCGGAUGAUCGGCACAAGAUCGCCAAACCUGUGGUGAGUGACGGCUGUCCCAGAGCAAACGGUGCAAGUGCAUUGUGGGAGAAGCUGUGCUUAGUACAGUAAUUCUGAAACACUGGUGACCACGAGCAAGGAGGAGAGCAGCUGGUGGUCAAACCUGGUGAUCCCAACGCUGGUGGCUGCCAUCGUCACUCUCGUGUACCGCCUGUACGUCUCAGAGAGCUAGUGACAUCAGAGAGAUGGCUGUGGCGUUACGGGUGGACGGCGGCUCCUCCCUGUGUGGGAGCAGAUGGCCAGCAUCAGACCAACACUCUCGCUGUCUGUUUCCGAGCUGUUUCCAGCUACACCCCUCUAAGCCCCGCCCACCUCAUCUGUUUAACCCAGUAAUCACGCUGAGUGCCUGUGAUCAGAGCAGCUCUAGAUUUUUAAUUCUGUGCUUUUAUGUGAAAGGGUAUCGCCUCCAGCUGGCGUGCUCAGCCCCUCCACAAACUGUGAGCGCCUUAAUCUGACCAAAUCUAAGAGUCGCUAUUUUCACGAAUCCAGCUGCCUCGUUCGGAGGAUCUGCCGCUCAAGGAUCUGAUCAGAAUCCGUUUAUGAACCGGCCUACAGGGGGCGCUAACUCUUAGGAAGGAAAGGAAAAAUGUAAUAAAAGAAAACGGCCACAUCCGAGAUUCUUCUACUGAAAUGUAAUCCUGAUUUGUCGGUGCUCAGCAGGAUUCAAAUCAACGGUUUUAUAUGAAGCAGGUUUUCAGCUCCUCCUGGACCUGCAGCAUGGACUCUGAAGUGCAUUCCAGGGACCAGCUGAGGCGGUCCAGUCCGUCCAGCACAGAACCAUUAGCUGAGCGGGUCUCCUCUAAGCGCAGCUGCUUUUUUAAGGAACAAUAAAACUUGAUUCAGUCGAC